UCGUGGUACAGUACAAAGAAAACAAUGCCAUAUGCCAAACAGAAUGACACUCAGAUCUCUCCUGAAUUAUGCCGUUUUAUCGGAACAAUAAUUUUCUCAAAAAUGGUCCGUGUCGUUGGUUGUCCUUAUCGACGAGGAUAACAAACCGAAGUCGACUCUGUUCUGGUCAGUGCCAAGUUAUCAAUAAUAGUAUGAAGAAGUAAAAGAAAAGAAACUGGACGUCGCGCGGACGCGUGGACGCGUAUUGAUACUAAAUCCGCUACAAAAUCCAGAUUGAGGAAGGAGUCAUGUUUUAGCCAGUGAGGUGUAUGUGACAUUACUGGGCUCUAUGUUCAAAGUUUUUCACAUUUUUACUCUUCGGAGCUACUUGUAAGGGUAUUCGCGCCACUCCUUUUCCAUCUUUUGGUUGAUGAAGGAACCCUACGGGGCCAUUGGGUCGCUCACAGUCGGAACGAUGAGCCCUUCUUCCUGCUUUGCAUAAAAAUAAUGGUUUUGUUCGGGUGGAUUUCUGAUGUCAGGACGAGUCCAGCAGAAUCUACAGAUUCUUCACCAUCUGGAUGACCCAGAUGACCUACGAUGUUCAAAAGAGCGCAGAAUUCUCUGGACUGGUCAAUUGAGAGUCAUUGGCUAAGCUAGGUUUUAACUGUGACCAAAUCUGCGUGCUGUAAUCAGACUAGAUCAAGUCAACACUCCUUUGCCUGAUACACGAUACCACAAAGAUAGAUUGGACUUUCGAUUCAUUUCUCCUAUGUUAACUUAAUGACCGAUGCUUCACCAUGUCAUUCUUUAACCUCCGUAAAAUAUUUAAAUUGGGAUCUGAGAAGAAGAAGAAACAAUAUGAGCAUGUCCGAAGAGACGAAAACCCAGAACAAAUAUGGACCAUUAUCGGUGAAUUGGGAGAUGGAGCCUUUGGAAAAGUGUUCAAGGCUCAAAACAAACAGACCGGUGUCCUUGCUGCUGCCAAAGUUAUUGAUACAAAGACUGAGGAAGAGUUGGAAGACUACAUGGUAGAAAUUGACAUCCUGGCCUCGUGUGACCACCAAAAUAUUGUCAACCUUCUUGAUGCUUUCUAUUUUGAGGGCAAACUCUGGAUUCUCAUUGAGUUCUGUGCUGGAGGCGCUGUAGAUGCUGUCAUGUUAGAACUAGAAAGACCCCUGACAGAACCACAGAUUAAAGUGGUGUGCCGGCAGACUCUCCAGGCUCUUGUCUACCUCCAUGACAUUAAAAUCAUUCACAGAGACCUUAAGGCUGGCAACAUUCUGCUCACUCUAGAUGGUGAUGUCAAACUGGCUGACUUUGGUGUGUCUGCCAGAAACACUAAAACACUGCAGAGAAGAGACUCCUUCAUUGGUACACCAUAUUGGAUGGCACCUGAAGUAGUCAUGUGUGAGACCUCUAAGGACCGUCCAUACGACUACAAAGCUGAUAUCUGGUCACUCGGGGUCACCCUGAUUGAGCUGGCACAAAUUGAGCCACCUAAUCAUGAGAUGAACCCCAUGAGAGUCCUUCUGAAAAUAGCCAAGUCAGACCCUCCUACGCUGAUGCAACCAUCGCGCUGGUCCCCAGAAUUCAAUGAUUUCCUUAAGCGUUGUCUGGACAAAAACGUGGACAACAGGUGGAGUGCAGCACAACUUUUGCAGCAUUCAUUUGUGUCCAGUGUGACAGACAGCAAGCCUCUAAGAGAGAUAAUAGCUGAAGCCAAGGCUGAGGUGACUGAGGAGAUUGAAGAACACAAAGAGGAAGAGGAAGAAGAAGAAACCGAUGCAAAUAUGGGCCAUAAACGUGCUCCCUCUGAUGUCAGUGUUGCCAGCUCGGAGGAUGAGAAGAUUCCACUCUCUCCCACUAUCUUGAAAUCUGUCCCUGAGAAGGGUGAACCACAUCUGUCCUUUCGUACACCCAAUGAGAUCCGUGUAGCUAACCACAUAUUGGUCACUAGCUUUGGGGAGAAGUCCAUUACUCCUGCAGCCACAGAGAAAGCAGACAAGAUGAUAGUUAAUGUUGGGGAAAACCAACAGACACUGGUGAAACAAACAGAGGCUGUAGAACCAGGCAAGCUGUCAAGCUUACCUUCAAAGGAAAUGGAGCAGCUUGAAAUAGCCUCUGAAAACGAAAAGGAAGUUGACAGCACUGAGGUUCCAGCCCGUCCAGAGGGCACUACAGAGAUUCGAAAAGAUGCCGCAUCUCCAAAAGGAAAAAUGACUUCAACCAAACAAGUUGAAGAGGACUCACAUAAACAUGUUAAGGUGACUUUACCAAGUCAUGAUGAAGUUUUCUCAAAAGAGGAAUUUGAAGAGAAGACGACAGUAAUGAUGAAUACAGAAGAUGAGAAGAUUCUUCUAGACAAGGCUAAAAAUGACAGUUCAGUCUCUGGUAGGAGCUCAACUGCGAAUACUAAUAGGGUGGACCUGAAUCUGUCUAUUUCAAGUUUCUUGUCCAAAACAAAAGAGCCUGGAUCAGUUUCCAUUCAGGAGACAACGCGUCAAAAGAAGACAUUGAAAAAGACACGCAAAUUUAUUGUGGAUGGGGUGGAAGUUAGUGUGACUACAUCAAAGAUCAUAACGGACAAUGACACUAAGAAUGAGGAAAUGAGAUUCCUGAGACGCCAGGAACUAAGGGAGUUGCGUCUAUUGCAGAAGGAGGAACAGAGAGCCCAGCAGCAGCUCAGCAAUAAGCUACAACAGCAGAAAGAGCAGAUUUACCGCCGCAUUGAGCAGGAGACCACAAGUAAGAAACGUCAGUAUGACCAGGAGGUUGAGAACCUAGAGAGGCAGCAGAAGCAUACAAUAGAAAGGUUGGAACAGGAACACACCAAUCGACUGAGAGACGAGGCCAAACGCAUCAAAUCUGAGCAGGACAAAGAACUGUCCAAGUAUCAGAAUAUGCUGAAAAACCGCAAAAAAGAGGAGCAAGAGUUUCUUCAGAAGCAGCAGCAGGAUCUUGACUGCGCUCUGAAGAAAAUUAUCCAGCAACACAAACAUGAGCUGGCCACUAUCGAGAGAGACUGCCUCAACCACAAGCAACAGCUUCUUAGAGCAAGGGAGGCUGCCAUGUGGGAGCUUGAAGAGCGCCAUCUGCAGGAGAAACACCAGCUCUUCAAGCAGCAGCUGAAAGACCAGUACUUCAUGCAAAGACAUCAGCUGCUGAAAAGACAUGAAAAGGAGAUGGAGCAAAUGCAGCGCUACAACCAACGACUGAUUGAAGAGAUGAAGAACAAGCAGACUCAAGAAAGAGCCAGACUUCCAAAAAUCCAGCGUAGCGAGGCCAAGACCCGCAUGGCCAUGUUCAAGAAAAGUCUUCGCAUUACCGGAGCUGCUGUAACCCCAGAGCAGGAGAGAGAGAAGAUCAAACAGUUUGCUGUUCAAGAAGAAAAGAGACAGAAAAAUGAGCGACUCCACCAGCACCAGAAGCAUGAAAACCAGAUGCGAGAUUUACAGCUGCAGUGUGACACCAACAUUCGAGAGCUCCAGCAGUUGCAAAAUGAGAAGUGUCAUCUGCUCAUUGAACAUGAGACGCAGAAACUGAAGGAGCUAGACGAGGAGCAUAGUGUGGAGCUCAAAGAGUGGAGAGAGAAGCUACGACCUAGAAAGAAGGCCUUGGAAGAAGAGUUUGCCAGGAAGUUGCAGGAACAGGAAAUGUUUUUUAAGAUGAGCGGAGAGUCUGAGUGCCUUAACCCCUCCGCACAGACUCGCAUUUCUAAAUUCUACCCAAUCCCCAGCGUCCAGUCCACUGGUUUCUAGGCCAACCCUCCCAUGUCCAGACAGCAGAUAGACUCAUGUUUCAGAGGCAGUUCCUUCCUCUCCACCAGCAGAGGAUGUAAGAGGCUUUUCCCUCUCUGGACAUUUCUGUUUACUGUAGCUGUUUUCACAUCACCUCCGAGUCGCUAAAGUGAAGUAACUUAUUGGCUGACCUUUUGAUUGAAUUAUUUUCACAAACAGUCCAGUACCUGUACAAUUGGAGGUUGUAGGCAUUAUUAUGCUUUGCUGCGUUAUUUUUUAUGGGUUAGACAUUUGCACCCACCCAUAAAAUUUGAUAACCACUCAAAUAUACCUUGUAAUGUUGAUUAGUAAAAUUUCUCUUGAAGCAAUAAUGAUGCAAUGAAUCCGAUUACACACUGUAUCUCUGCUAGUAUCUUAGGUAGGAUUCAUCUGAAGCUUUGAUAUCUUGUUGUACAAAAAGUCCUUCAGGUUUUAUUCCCUCGGAAUGCCUUUCUGUCUCAAGUUGUGAGACUCAAGCAGGACAAAACAGGGUUUCUUUUUCUUUUUUCAUUUUUGUUUUAUUUUCAGUGAUGCAAAAGAGUGCAGGUUUAAAUGUGGUUAUUAGUGAGCUACAUACACAGAAUUACAGAUUAAAAAAGAAAAGAAAACACUUUCACUGCGGAUGUGACAUGUAGUGUCCAAUAAAUGAAAGCACCACUGCAUUUUAGCAAGAAACCUGCAUUUAUUCACCAGUACGACAGUCAGCAUUCUCUCAUUAUUCAGUGAGGGAUGAACAUUAUUCAGGGACAAAGACAGGAUACAUUGUUAUAUUAUGACGUGUAUGUGUCCAACUACAAGAGUUUUCAACUAUGAGCUGUUUUUUUGUUUUUUCUUAAUCAGCCUACACAUAAAACAUUACGUCAAUUGUCACAAGUUGUUAACGAAUAUCUGUAAUGUUUUGGAAAAGGCAAGAAUUAGCUACAAUGCUUGCUUGAACUUUGGAAUUUUGAGAUUUAAAAAAAUAUAUAUUUUUCAAAUCCUGAAUGCACAAAUUGUAUCUGGAUUAAAAAAACAAAACAAAAAAAAACAAAGCUGAUCUCUUUGCAUGUUUGCUUAUUUGAUAAAUAUCCAAUUCUAUUCAUAUCAAAUGAAGUUCAUACAAAAUGUGGGCCUGACUGGUUUAGGCUUUCUUGAUUUAUUUUCUCAUUUCUUGGUAUCUUUCUACAAAGUCGUAUCAAAGGUUUUUAUAAGCAAAGCACAAAAACAACGUGGAGUGGUGUGCACCUUUUACAAAAUGACGAUAACUCCCCGUAGUAUUUCUUGUGCAUAAAACCUGCCACCUGCUUGCUUCUAAUUUUGCUGUUGCUGUGUUUUCUAAACCAACUUAAAAAAGGAAUUGUGAAAUCAAGUAUUGAGUAGGUGAAAUGAUUUUGUUGUGAAUUUCAAUUCAAUAAUUCAUAUCAACUUCAGCCAUUUUUUUAAUGUAUAGAUUUCAGGUAGCCUAUGUCACGUAGAUUUUCGUUAUUUCUGUCAAUAAAGUCUGAUUUUCUAUAGCUGUG